CCUCUUCAGGGGCGGGGCAUCGACGACCCGGCCGAGAUCAUCUUCGAGAUGUCCAAGGAGGAGAGGAAGGACUUCUACCGCUCCGUGGCGCUCGGCCUCAACCGCCCGCUGUUCGCCGUGUACCGCCGGGUUCUCCGGAUGUACGACAACCGGAACCACGUGGGGAAGUACACCGCGGAAGGAAUCGAAGAGCUUGAAGCCUGUGCUCUUUCUGCAGGCUGAGGGACAAAACACGGCAACGACUGGGCCACCAUCGGGGGGGCGCUGGGCGCAGCGCCUCUCUCCGUCAAAGACCGCUGCCGCCUGAUGAAGGACACCUGCAACACAGGUAAGUGGAGCGAGGAGGAGGAGCGGCGUCUGGCCGAGGUCGUGUACGAGAUGGCGGGCGCGUCGCCGGGGUCGGCGGUCACCGGGGGCGUGUCCUGGGCGACGGUGGCCGAACAGGUCCGCACGCGCUCAGAGAAGCAGUGCCGGUCCAAGUGGCUCAACUACCUGAACUGGAAGCACAGCGGGGGCACCGAGUGGACGAAGGAGGACGACCUGGGCCUCGUACGCAGGAUAUCGGAGCUGGAGGUGGAGGACGAGAACGAGAUCAAGUGGGAGGACCUGGCGGGCGGGUGGAGCAGCGUCCGCUCCCCCCAGUGGACUCGAUCCAAGUGGUGGAGCAUCAAGAGACAAGUAGCCAAUCACAAGGAGAUCCCCUUCAGCGUCCUCCUGAAGGGUCUCCAGGAGCUGAUGGCGUCCUCACAGGUGGCCUCCGGACCAGGUAGCCCCUCCUCCUCCUCCUCCUCUUCGCUCCAGAUCCGACUCACCCGAUUGGACGAGAGUGUUGGCCCCGCCCCCGGGUCUGUGACGGCGCUGCAGAUCCCGCUGCAGAUCACACACCUGGCUUCAGACUCCUCGACGGCGGCCGGCGACGGUGACGCCAUCACGCUGAACGCCGGCGCCCUGCAGACCUUCGAGUUACUGCCGUCGUUCCACCUGCAGCCCACCGGCACCCCGGGGACCUACUACCUGCAGACCACCGCCCAGGGGCUCCCGCUCAGCUUGGCCGCCAACGGCACGGUCACCCUGACGACGGGCCCCUCGCCCCCGUCGCAGGAGCACAUCAUCCUGCACGGGCUGUCGACGGACGGCCUCUGCUCCGCCGACGGCGUCAUCAUCCAGACCGUCACCUCGGACCACGCCUCCUGCAACCCCCUCGGCCAACCGCAGCUGGUUGUGGAGACGGAGGGGCGUAGCCAGGAGGAAAGGCUCGAUGCCACGAGUCUCCUUGAGGGGUCGGAGGGCGUUGUCACGGGAACGCCAGAGCCAAUGACGGACGGCUUCACAGACAAGGAGCUGAGCUCACCUUCUGUUGGGGGUCCAGAGGUGCAUUCUGGGAUAACAUCUGGCAGCGCCGUGCUGAGCGUGUCUCCUCCCAACAUCAGCAGCACGCUGACAGAUCCGAUUCUGGAGAACCAGGAAGGAUCUGACUGAGCUGAACGCCACCGCAGACUCUCAGGAUGAGGUCACUUCCUGUGUGUGUUCAUGUAGCUCUUUCAACCAAGUGGACGUUGUGAAUUAAACGGAACUGUAAGUUUGAAGCUCCACACCGAACGCAGCGAGACGUCCUCCUCGUGAUGUCCUCCAGAAGGCGUCUUCUGCGAGGCGUCCUCCAAAGGGUGUUCUCUGAAGUCCUCCACGAGGCGUCCUCCAGAAGCUGUCCUCCGGUAGGCGUCACACACGAGGCGUCCUCCAAAGGGUGUUCUCUGAAGGAAGUCCUCCACGAGGCGUCCUCCAGAAGCUGUCCUCCGGUAGGCGUCACACACGAGGCGUCCUCCAGAAGCUGUCCUCAGUAGGCGUCACACACGAGGCGUCCUCCAGAAGAUGUCCUCCGGUAGGCGUCACACACGAGGCGUCCUCCAGAAGCUGUCCUCAGUAGGCGUCACACACGAGGCGUCCUCCAGAAGCUGUCCUCAGUAGGCGUCACACACGAGUCGUC